CGCCCCCCUGUGUUACCAUGGCCACGCCUCCUCGUUGCCAUGGUCACGCCCCUCCCGCCGCGGCCGCCAUGCUGGAUGAGGGCGGAACCGGCGGCGGCCUGAGAUGACCAUUCACAACCUGUACAUCUUCGACCGGGCCGGGACGUGCCUCCACUACAGCGAGUGGCACCGGCGGCGCCAGGCCGGGAUCCCCAAGGAGGAGGAGUUCAAGCUCAUGUUCGGGAUGUUGUUCUCCCUCCGCUCCUUCGUGGGCAAGAUGAGCCCCACGGACAUGCGGGACGGCUUCGUGUCCUUCCACACCAGCAAGUACCGGCUCCAUUACUACGAGACCCCGAGCGGGCUGCGCCUGGUGCUCAACACGGACCUGAGCGUGAGCAGCGCCCGCGAGGCCCUGCAGCACAUCUACAGCAACCUGUUCGUGGAGCUGGUGGUGAAGAACCCGCUGUGCCCCCCCCGCGCGCCCGUGCAGAGUGAGCUCUUCCGCGCCCGCCUCGACGCCUUCGUCCGCGGGCUGCCCUUCUUCAGCCCCCGGCCCGCCUGAGCCCGCAGCGCCCCCUAUGGGGCACAGCGGCACCUAUGGGGAGCAGCGGCACCCAUGGGGCACAGCGGCACCCGUGGGGCACAGCGGCACCUAUGGGGUGCCCUGACUCCCCCAUGGGGCACGAUGACACCCUAUGGGGCACAACAACACCUUAUGGGGUGUCCUGACACCCCCCAUGGGGCACAGCGACAUCCUAUGGGGUGCCCUGACCCCCCCCCAUGGGGCACAAUGACUUCCUAUUGGGUGCCCUGACCCCCCUAUGGGGCACAAUGACACCCUAUGGGGCACAAUGACUUCCUAUGGGGUGCCCUGACCCCCCCCAUUGGGUGCCCUGACCCCUCCAUGGGGCACAGCGGCACCUAUGGGGUGCCCUGACCCCCCAUGGGGCACAGCACCUCCUAUGGGGCACAGCGGCACCUAUGGGGCACAGCGGCACCCUAUGGGGCACAGCGGCACCCAUGGGGCACAGCGGCACCUAUGGGGCACAGCACCUCCUAUGGGGCACAGCGGCACCUAUGGGGCACAGCGGCACCCUAUGGGGCACAAUGGUACUCUAUGGGGUGCAGCGGCACCUAUGGGGCACAGCACCCCCCAUGGGGCACAGCGACAUCCUAUGGGGUGCCCUGA